AACCGUUAUAAUUAUUUACUACAGAAGAGUAAUUUGCCAAAAAAAAAGCAAGAUAGAAAAAAAUAAAAAUUCCAUUCAGUUGAGUGAGCAUCAAUUACAUCGUUUAUUACAAUUACGAGUGAUCAGCGAUCGUAGUAAAAGAAUGCAAUGUCAACAACAACAACAACAACUGCGACAACGUUUAAAACGAAAAUUAACAGCGUUUCGAACGGUUGCAGCCUAGCAGCACUCAAAGAACACAUAACCACGUGUCUUCAGCGUUGGCGGCAAAAACACUCCACAAACACCAACGAAAGGCACAAACCAGCAGAAGGUGAAUACCAGCAACACACCCACUCCCAGCACAAACAGCGGCCUCCCGAAGAAAAGUGUUAUUGCCACUUUCAGCACAACUCGAGUCGAUGUUGCUUUGGUAAGCACAAGGAAUUUACCUUUAUACAACGUACCACCUUCUACAUCAAUAGAAAAUUCCAAAAACUAAUCUCAACACAUCAACGACACAUAAUCAACAGUCGCAACAGUGCGACCGUUAACGAUUGUAAGGGCCCUCGUAAAUACGGUCGUAAAGUUGAAAUUGUUGCCAAGUUGUUGUCGACCACAUUGAUAGCAAAAGCUAAGACCACCUCUUCGCCCACGGCCACCGAAGAUUUUGGCCAACAAACUGAUGAUCAUCACAUUUAUAGGUGUUUUAAGGAGCAAAUACAGGUAAUACAAAGUUCCACAACUUCCUCGACAUCGGAUUACUACGGAGACAACGCCAUGACUAUAACGGAUUUAACGUUUCUGGAGAUACGUGAAGAAUAUCCAGAUUUAAAUUCGGAAAUUCGUAGUAUUUUAACGGCACGUGCUCAAGAUGGUGCCAGCAUAUCAGAAAUUCGGGAUGACUAUCGAAAAUUAACUGGCUUACCCUUUCCCAUUUACGAAGAUGUCACCGAAUUUCUCCUAACCAUUCCCUACGUUAUGGCCUAUUGUAGUGAAAAAGGUACAAGAAUAUUUAAUAUCAUGCCAAUGGAGAAAACAAAACAUAUACACGAUAUGGUAAUGCAUCAGAAACCACAGCCAGAACCUCAACAAAGACCUUCAACGGGAAAUCAUUGCUAUUAUCGAGAACGUCAACGUAACAGCAAUUAUCAGCCUCAGAAUUGGCGUCACAAUACCAGUCGUAGAUUACAACAAAAUAUGGUUAAUCUUUAUGCUGAACCCGUUAAUGUAGAGCAGCAGGAACAAUUAAUACCUUCUACCGAUAGUAAUAUGUCGCGAGAUGGUUCGGAGGGAUUCUUUGAGAACAAUUGUUAUUAUCAAGAUAAUUGUAAUUAUUUAUUUAAUCGCAUUUGUAAUCAACAACAGCCCCCUCUAACCACUCAGCUUAUAGAAAAUCCUCCUAUGGAGCAGGCUCCUCCAGUAGCAUUAAAACCUGCACCUCUACCGCCCACUGCUAACCCGGGCACCUCCACAGCUUUAAAUAAUUUCAAUACUGAUAUACCAUGCUAUAAAAAUAAUGUUAAUCAUUUGAAUAAUUUAUUUCAAAUCCAGCAGCAACAAGAACAGUAUCAAUAUCAUCAGAAUGUUAACAAUGUGGCCACCAUAGAUAAUAGACGUUCUUCUCAAAAUCCUUUUAAGACAGGCAUGCCACGUUCAAGUAGAUCAUCAUCUCCCACAACCAAAAGUUGGUAUACAAAUGAUUCUGCAUAUACCGAUAGUGAUUAUGAAGCACACCUUUUGGAUUUUUUACUAUUGGGAGAUGAUUUCUUCCUGUAUAUGGCCCGUAUGGAAUUGAGAUGUAAAUUCAAGAAAAAUCAACGAGUUUUACAAUCCGGCCUUUGUGUAUCGGGUCAAACGAUUGGCGCUGCCAUUAAACGUAUACGAGCCUUAAGCGAUAGUCGUCGUUCAGUUAUUAUAAAUAUUGGCUCAGUGGAUUUAAUGCAGGGAAGACAAUUAAUACAAAUAGAACAUGAUUUUCGUGAACUAUUAUUGACAAUGCUGAAAAAAGGCAUUAAACCAAUAUUAACAACAUUGGCUCCCUUGGCUAAUUAUAGUCAUAAUUGUGAUUUGAAACGUUUGCUGGAACGAUUUAAUGAAUUCAUUAAAAGAGAAGGUCAACAUAGAAAUUUGGUGGUGAUAGAUAUUUGGAAGUGUUUGGUGAAUGAAAAAGGACAUGUAUUUUUCGAUUGCUAUCAGAACGAACCUCGAAACGUCACCGGCGCUACCGAAUCCUAUCUAUUUUGGAAUAAAAUUGGCCGUCAGCGAGUGCUACAAUUAAUCGAAUCUAAGCUGGAAUAUUAAGGCCAACACACACUGCCUUUCAUAAUAAAACCCAAAUGUGAUAAAAAAAAAACAAAUGAAAUGGAUCCAGAUUUUAAGCUGCUUUUACAAAUUUUUAAAAAAAA